GGCCGAGAUAGCUCGUUCCGGAAGCCUUGCAAGUUGCAACAUUGUGGUUGCUCAAACGCGUUGAUAUGCCAGACCUUGAUCCCACGACUGACUUCAUAGCAGGCACAGCAGCAGGAAUUGUCGGCCUUCUCAUUGCUCAUCCGUUUGAUACAGUCAAAGUCCGCCUACAAAAUCCUGAUCUAUCCUCCAGAUACCAUUCAGUAUCCCAUGCGUUCGCGACCAUCAUCAGAGAGGAGCGCUUCAGUGGCUUGUACAAGGGCAUUGCUUCACCUCUGGCAACAUGUGCGUUUACGAACGGCCUCGUAUUCGCAUCCUACAAGUUUUUCCUUAAGGCGCAAAAGGUGGAUGAUUCUAUUCCAUCGCUCACCGAAGUUGCAAUUGCUGGCACCUGCUGUGGCUUCGCCAUGUCAUUUUUUUCUGCACCCAUCGAACUUAUUAAGAUCAGGCAGCAAAGCAUGUUAGAGAGCGGACUUGGAAGCGUCUCGGUCAGCAAACUUAUAUACAGUAUCCAUCGGGAACACGGUCUCAAGGGAUUAUUUCGUGGUCUCACCGCUACAGCCCUUCGCGAUUGCGGAUAUGGUGCAUACUUUUUGGGGUAUGAGGCUACAAGUAGAUACCUCACUGCUCCUUCUCCUAGACUUGAUGGUUCCACCUCACUGUCAGACUCAAGCCAGGGAUCCAUACCCCUUUGGGUGUUGUUUGUCAGUGGAGGAGUGGCAGGUGUCCUUGGUUGGCUUCCGACAUUUCCUAUGGACGUUGUGAAGACGCGCAUGCAGAGUACCGAGAUUUCUCGAAACACAAUGCGGUCGGAAGUGACUACAGGCGAUAACCCAUACCGCACAAUCUUAUCAACGAUCCAGCAUUCAUAUCGCACAGGUGGGGCUAGAGUCUUCUUUCGCGGGCUCAGCCCGACCAUGCUGCGGGCCAUCCCAGUCAAUAUGGCUACAUUUGCAGUAUACGAAACUGUUGCAAACAUACUCUCGUCAUGACAGUACUAUAAACCGCAUGCGGAGCAAACUGCACCGUCAAUACCGUAGCAAUGAUACCUUAAAUGCGUGUUAAUAAUGUACAUUUGGCAAAUUUCUGAUGUGGAUUGUGACAUGGCUGUGUUGUUGACUGCAUCUAUAUAUUGUAUGCGCUGUCCGUUAGCGUACCGAUAACUUCGUCAUCAAAUAUAACAUUC